AUGCUUAAGCGGUUGCUCGAAUUGAAAACCUUCCUUGAAGACCUUGACAAUCCAAGUGUUUUAUUAACUGAAAACCAAUGUAAACAAACAGAAAAAUUAGAGUGUGUCUUGUCAUAUCUUUAUACUGUCACCCUAAAGUUACAAGCUGAAGAUUUGACACCUGGAAAUUUUUUCUUACAGUGGAAAACUUUGAUGCAUCAGCUCAACAAAACUGGAGGAAUUGUUGCUAAUGUGAUUUUAUCUUCAAUGAGAAAAAGAGAGAUUCAGUUGUUAGACAAUAAAAUCUUGUUAGCCGCUAUUUACGUUGAUCCAAUGAAUCAAAUUUUACUAAAUGACAAUCAAAUUGCCUCAGGAAAAGAAAAGCUUCGUGAAAGUACUAUUCGCUUGAAAAAGUUGCCGUUACCUUACAUUUAUGAAUCAAAAGAUGAAAAUAAAAAUAAUGAAUGUAAUGACAACUCGGAAUCAUCAUCUCCAAAAAAAGAGCUUGAUUUCGAAGCAUAUUUGGAUAGUUUAGAACGUCUCAAAGUGAAGCGAAGACAAAAGUAUGACCGUUUAUCAAAAUUGAACGUAGAAGAAGCUAUUUCAAUUUAUCCAGAAAUUAUUCGCGAUGCAGCUAGAUCUGUCACAGCAAUGCCCCCAACACAAGUCAGUGUGGAAAGAUUAUUUUCAGCUUUGAAAAUAAUUAAAGCUGAUUUAAGGGCAUCUAUGAAAGAAGAUUUAAUUGAAGCUAUUUUGUUUCUUAGAACCAUUUUAUAA